CUCACCCCGCCCAGAGAGACAGCUGCCAGGGCACCAUGGAGAGACAUCUAGAGACAGCCAGGGACUGAGUGUUCAGGAAGGAGAGCUCAGGCCUCAGAGACAUCCCUGACAGAGACAUGAAAAGACUGCAGGGCCUGAGCGGAUGAUGGGGAGAGCGCCCUGCUGGUGAGAGAAGACCACCCCCAUCCUCCCCUCAUCCUGCUCAUCCUCACCCCAUCCUGCUCUCAGCCCCCCCUGGAGUGCAGAGGAAUGCUGUGAGACCCUGCGGCCUGACCAUGUCUCGUGCGUCCACCGGCAGCGAGAGGAUCAAUGACUCGACUGGCUCUGCCCGCUCCGAAAAAGGCUCAACCACCUCCUCCUCCUCUGUCUCUUGGCCGUCCCGCCCCCCAGGAGCCCGGUCCCGGAGCUCCGCCCCCGAUGAGCCACAUGUGGGCAAUUACAGGCUCCUGAGGACCAUUGGGAAGGGAAACUUUGCUAAAGUGAAGCUGGGAAGACAUGUCCUAACCGGGAGAGAGGUCGCUAUAAAGAUAAUUGAUAAAACUCAGCUGAACCCCAGCAGCCUCCAAAAGCUUUUCCGUGAAGUUCGGAUCAUGAAGGGCCUGAACCACCCGAAUAUUGUAAAGCUCUUUGAAGUGAUUGAGACAGAGAAGACCCUCUACCUGAUCAUGGAGUACGCCAGUGGAGGUGAAGUGUUUGAUUACCUGGUGUCUCACGGGCGGAUGAAGGAGAAAGAAGCCCGUGCCAAAUUCCGUCAGAUUGUAUCCGCCGUUCACUACUGUCACCAGAAGAACAUUGUCCACCGGGAUCUUAAGGCUGAGAACCUCCUGCUCGACUCUGAGGCUAAUAUUAAGAUUGCUGACUUUGGGUUCAGUAAUGAAUUUACUCCUGGUGGAAAGCUGGACACAUUCUGUGGGAGUCCCCCGUAUGCGGCUCCUGAAUUGUUCCAAGGAAAGAGGUACAAUGGUCCUGAAGUGGAUGUGUGGAGCCUGGGGGUCAUACUGUACACUCUGGUCAGUGGCUCCUUGCCAUUUGAUGGACAGAACCUCAAGGAGCUGAGGGAACGUGUUCUUCGUGGUAAAUACAGAGUCCCCUUCUACAUGAGCACAGACUGUGAGAGUGUCCUGCGCAGGUUUCUGGUGCUGAACCCCACCAAACGCUGCACUCUAGAGCAAAUAAUGAAUGACAAAUGGAUGAAUAUCGGGUUUGACAGUGACGAUCUGAAGCCAUACAAGGAGCCGGAGGAAGACCACGCUGACCCUAAGCGCAUCGAGGUCAUGCUGGAGAUGGGAUAUUCCAGGGAGGAGAUUAAAGACGCUUUAAACUCUAAUAAGUACAAUGAGGUUAUGGCCACCUACCUGCUGCUGGGGCGGAAACCUGAGAAUGAAGCAGGGGAGUCUCGAUCAGACAGCACGCUCUCCCUCUCUCGCAGUCGAGUCACCUCUGAUGUCACCAAUGGCGCCAGCAAGUCAUCGUCCGCCCACAGCAAGAACCAGCGGGGGUACCAGAGGCAGAGGAGGCACAGCGACUUCUGUGGCCCUGCGCCCACUCCCUCCCAAGCCAAGCGCAGCCCUCCUGGGGCAGCUGAUGAUGGAACAGUUGGGGAGCGUCUUGCCCCCAGGAGGGGCAGUGGAUCUGUAAGUGGGGGUAGCCGGCCUCCCCCGCCCACCAGCCCCAUGGUUAGCCAUGCCCACAACCCCAACAAGGCAGAGAUUCCUGAACCGCGCAAAGAGGUUGCACCCACAACGGUAAGCACAUGGUGCUCCAUUAUUGUUGGGGGGGGGGGCUAUAUUUUUUGCCGGAUGUCUCUGCGCCCCUCGUUACAGCUGUGA